AUGGCGGAUCCGAGGAGAUCCCCCGAUAAGUCGUAUCUUAAGGCGAAGAGCAUUCAACAACAGCAACAACGAUCACCUGCUCCGGCUCCCGCAGCCACACGGCCGACCUUUGUCGACGAUGAUUCCGACGAUGAUGACGAGUCUAGCGAUCAAAUGCCCCUACCCAGAAGCCAUACACCAGGUCAUCUUGCCAGCAAAAGCAUACAAGCAAAUCGUCGAAAGCCUUCUGAUCUUUCUAUCCGGCAGCGCUCUCAAUCCGCAUCACAGACCGCCCCGCAAGGAGCUACUACCUCGAGAGCAGCCCAUAAACCGCCGCAUUCGAUCUCAACCAGCGCUGGCGAUGCCUCAAGUGAGGGAGAUCGAUAUAAUCGGCGACCAACCGCUUCACGGUCGACAUCCGCCAUAACGAGCCGAACGACUGCACAAGCGACCGCCCGGUAUGCAUCGCAUGCAUCUCGGAUAUCACAAGACGAGUACACUGCGUUUCCGUCGCUUCCAGACCCCCGGACGGCUCCAAAGGUCGACGUGGCUCCAGCAUCUGGCAUGUACUGGUCCAAGGCACCUGUGUCGGGCGCUCCUCACACCUCGUUACGAGCACACACAACGACAAUCAUUGGCUCGAAUGUUUAUGUAUUCGGCGGCUGUGACUCGAGGACAUGCUUCAAUGAUCUCUACGUGCUCGAUGCCGACUCUUUCCAUUGGUCUAUACCUCAUGUCGUUGGCGAUAUACCUGUUCCUCUGAGAGCCAUGACAUGCACUGCCGUAGGCAAGAAACUCAUCGUGUUUGGCGGAGGUGACGGUCCGGAGUAUUAUAACGAUGUCUAUGUCCUGGAUACAACAAACUUCCGGUGGACAAAGCCCCGUAUUAUAGGAGAUAAGAUGCCAUCGAAGCGGAGAGCGCAUACUGCUUGUCUAUACAAGAAUGGUAUAUACGUAUUCGGCGGCGGCGAUGGGGUCCGAGCUCUGAACGAUAUCUGGCGGUUAGAUGUUGCUGAUGUCAACAAAAUGUCAUGGCGAUUAGUGUCGAGUUCAGAUAAGUCAAGUCCUGGGUCAAAAGACUAUCGUCCCAAGGCAAGGGGCUACCACACUGCCAACAUGGUAGGCAGCAAACUCAUCAUCUUUGGAGGCUCUGAUGGCGGCGAAUGUUUCGACGAUGUAUGGGUUUACGACGUUGACGCCCAGUUAUGGAGAGCAGUCCCUAUCCCCGUUGCUUUCCGUCGUUUAUCACAUACGGCCACAAUAGUCGGCUCGUAUCUAUUUGUCAUUGGAGGCCACGACGGAAGCGAAUACUCGAAUGAUGUCCUGCUUUUGAACCUGGUUACAAUGACAUGGGAUAGACGCCGGGUUUACGGCAAAGCACCUUCAGGUCGUGGCUAUCACGGGACAGUGCUGUAUGAUAGCCGCCUUAUUGUCAUUGGAGGUUUCGAUGGAAGCGAGGUGUAUGGCGAUGUUAUGCUGUUAGAGCUAGCUGUGCAUGCAUAUUAUUCGCAAAUUAGCCACUUUACCAUCGAGGUUUAG